AUGGCUGAUGCACUCAUCUCCGUGCUUCUGGAGCAAUUGGCUUCAGUAGUAUAUCAACACACAAAUCAAGUGGUGAAACUGGUUUCAAAUGCUGAGGAAGACGUUAAAAGUUUCAGCAGCAAGCUCAAAGCUAUCCAGGCUGUGCUUGAGGAUGCAGAGAAGAAACAAGUGACAGACGCUAGGGUGGAAGACUGGUUGGAGAAGCUGAAAGAUGUGUCGUACGAGAUGGACAACGUGCUAGAUGAGUGGAACACUGAAGUUCUCAGACAACAAGUGGAGGAGAAGCAAGAGAAGGAAGAAAAAAUUGCUCUUGUUACAAAAAAGAAGGUAUGUUUCUCCAUGCCCUCUGUUUGCUUUUGUAUUGGCCAAGCUAAUAAGGUCAUUCAUCGUCAUAAAAUAGCUAGAAGGAUAAAGAAACUGAAUGAGAAGUUAACGUUGAUUGCUGCUGAAAGAGAAAUCUAUGGCUUUCAUCAGUCCACAAGAGGUGGCCCUGAUGAUCAGCAGCUUAUUCAACGACAGAAGACUUCAUCUUUGGUCAAUGUAUCUACAAUAUUUGGCCGAGAAGAAGAAAAAGAGAUGUUGUUGAGCAAGUUGUUGAGAGAGAGUAGCCCGGAAGGGGGGCGAUUCCUUGUCAUCCCUAUUGUAGGGAUGGGAGGGAUGGGGAAAACAACUCUUGCCCAAUUAGCCUAUAAUGAUGAAAAUGUUACAGCUCAUUUUCAUAAGAAAGUAUGGGUUUGUGUCUCGAUCGCUUUUGAUGAGAUUAAGAUUGCCAAAGCGAUCAUUGAGAGUCUAGAUAAAAAUGAAACCCAAAAGAGUUCAAAUGAGUUGGAAACUCUAUUACCAUGUAUAAGGUCACACGUUAUGGAUAAGAAGUUUCUUCUUGUCUUAGAUGAUGUGUGGACGGAAGACCAAGAAAAGUGGGAAAUUUUGAAACUGCCAGUAAUAAUGCAAAAUUGUGCUGAAGGUAGUAGAAUACUAGUGACAACUCGAAAACAAGGGGUUGUUGAAAUGAUGGGAGCAACCAGUAGCAUGAUUCAUUUAGACAAGUUGAGCGAUAGGGAUUGUCUAGCAUUGUUCAACAACAUCGCAUUUUUGGAUAGGAAAGAAGAUGAGUCUAAUGGGUUUGGAGCUAUUGGUGAGGAAAUUGUGAAAAAGUGUAAAGGUUUGCCUCUUGUUGUAAAAACUUUAGGCAGUCAAGUGCGGUAUAAGAAAACAACACAGGAAUGGCGAGAUGUUCUGAAUAGUAAAAUAUGGGAAUUAGAGAAAGUUGAGGAACAAGUUUUCCGACCACUAUUUCUAAGUUAUUAUGAUUUGUCUCCAGCAGUCAAAAGGUGUCUUUUGUAUUGUGCUAUAUUUCCCAAAGAUUAUAAUCUCAAAAAAGAUAAUUUGAUUGAGCUUUGGAUGUCUCAAGAUUAUCUUAAUUUAAAGGAAAAUAAAGAAAAGAGAAGAAAAGGUCAAAAUUAUUUUGAGAGUCUAGCAAUGCGGUCUUUCUUUCAAAAUUUUGACAUAGAUGAGAUGGGAAAUAUUGUUGGAUGCAAAAUGCAUGAUAUUGUGCAUGACUUUGUGCAGUUUCUUACCAAAAAAGAAUGCAUUAUUAUAGAAGCAGGUGAGAGUGAUGCUCAAAUAGUGGAGCUACCGAGUAAUAAGGUUCGUCAUUUGACCUUAACAAAUGUACCCAAUGAACCCUUUGGUCCACUUUCAUUUCCUACUUCAUGUGACACAUGCGUAAAUGUGCGUAGCCUCACACUCCUUGAUUCAAGCUGUACAACCAUAAGUCCCGGUUCAAUUUUGCAAAUGAAAAACCUUAGGACAUUGAAUUUGAGUGGUAAUUAUUUCCUCAUUGAACUUCCAAAAGAAGUGGGUGCAUUGAUUCAUUUGAGAUAUAUGGAUUUAUCUCAGAAUUGUUUUUUAACAGAAUUACCGGAUGCGGUGUGUGAUUUAUACAAUCUACAGACUCUGGUUCUUAUAGAGUGCCGGAGUCUUGAGAAACUACCCAAGGCAAUGGGAAAGUUGAUCAACUUAAAACAUCUAUAUGUUGGGGGUUGUGAUGAGUUGAGGUACUUACCCAAAGGGAUUGGGAGUUUGAAAUGUCUGCAAGCACUAGACUAUUUUAAUGUACAACGUCAUGGUGAUAAUGAAGCAUUGAAAUUAGGAGAUCUCGGAAUCAUGGACCAGCUUCAGGGGAGCCUUGAGAUAGAAAGGUUGGGGGAAAAUGCGAAACAUGAUGCGAGUGAGAUUGAGAAAGCACAGUUGAGGAAGAAGGAGCACCUCUCUCAUUUGGUAGUAGCUUUCAAGAGUGAAUACGGAGCUUUAGAGCAGAGAAAAGGUGAUUCAGAAAUAGUUAAAGCAUUGCAACCACAUCAAAAUUUGGAAUCUUUAUCCAUUAGCCAUUGCCAUGGCACCACCGAGUCUCUCUAUUGGAUCAAGUCUUUACACGGUUUGAGAAAACUUGUUCUCUAUGAAUGGAAAUAUUGUGAGCUUUUGCCUCCUCUUGGAAAAUUGCCAUCGCUUGAAAUUCUGGAGAUAAGGAGGAUGUCGAAUGUGAAAAAGGUGGGAGUUGAAUUUCUGGGAAUAGAAGAAGAACAAGUCUCAGGAAUUCUAUUCCCUAAAUUGAAACUACUUUCUUUCUUCGGUAUGACCAAGUGGGAAGAGUGGGAAGGAAUAACAAAGGAGGAUUCUUCUUCUUCUGAAAUUACAAUAAUGCCUCGCCUUUCUUCCUUGCGAAUUCGGGAGUGGUGUCCAAAGCUCAAAGCACUGCCAGAUUUCCUCUACAAGAUAACAACACUGCGUACUCUGGAGAUCGAGGGUUGUCCAAUUCUCGAACGAGACUACAAAAUUGGCGUGGGGAAGGAGUGGCACAACAUUUCUCACAUCCCAAACGUCAACGUUGCAACAACUGGGGCCUGCACGAUUCUGUAG